GAGAGAGAGAGAGAGAGAGAGAGAGAGAGAGAGAGAGAGAGAGACAUGGAGGGGGAUCAGCAGAUUAGGGUGACUGGGGUUUUCCACUGUGUAGGAUUAGAAAAUAUAUGAGAAGUGGGUAAGGCAAGACUGAGAAGGGGAAACACAUAUGCAGUCACAGACAGUUCAGACAGCAGAAAAAAGAGUAGAGAUAGUCAGAAAAGGAGAAAGGGUAAAGAGAUUGUACCUUGAAUGAUGCUCCUUGAGCUAAGCUAAUUACAUAGCUGUCAUUUCAAAAUGUUAUGAGCAGGUUUCAAGGAAGAGUGUGGAGAAAGAUUGUCAUUGUAGUCUUCUACUUAGAUAUUGUACAUACAGGUGGAGGACUGUAAACGAAUGGGCAACAAAUGGCUGAUAUGAAUUGCAGAAGUGAGGAUAAGUACGCCCGAAAAGAUGGGAUAUGCUGUGAUCGCUGUGCUGCAGGACAGUACGUGCUCGCCGAGUGUGAUAAAACAAAGACAACCAAGUGUGACGAAUGUAGACGUGGUCGGUACACAGCAACAAGAAAUCACUUGGAUAAAUGUCGACCCUGCAUGGUCUGCUAUUCCAAAAACAAUCAGAUUACAGUAAAGGAAUGUACAGCUCAAGAGGAUGCGGUGUGCGGGUGUGUGACGGGUUUCUACUGUAACAAUGAUCAAUGUGAACACUGCCAGCAAGUGACCCAAUGCCUUUUGGGUAAAGGGGUCAAGGUUCAAGCCACUCGCACGAAUGACACAAUCUGUGCCCCGUGUCAAGACGGAACCUACAGCAACGUAACAGAUUUUCACUCGGCCUGUCAAACACAUACCAGAUGUGAGGACGUCGGAAGAGUGUUGAAAACUCCAGGAACCCCAACAACUGAUGCCAUCUGUGGCAACUCCAAAUUCCAAUGUCACUGGAUAUUACCCGCAGGCUUGUGGUCAGGACUCUUGUUGACCGCACUCAUCCUGUUUGGUCUCCUCUGCUGGAGGGCAAAACGCAAGUCAUACGAAGCAGAGAAAAAGAAAACUAGGAUUUUUUUACCACACCCUUUCAAGUAUACAGGAGCCGACUCCAGUGUUGCCGUUUCUCUGGCUGAAAUGGUCCCAGCAGCACCGGUCACACAGCUGGAGCUGUCUUUACCGUUCACAGAGCUCAACGAUCACUGCCAAGAGAGCUGCGACGUGGAGGACUGCAAACUACCACUUUUCAACCCAGAUGAUAACGCGGUCAGUUGCGACUCACAAGAACCAGUGGACAGCAGCCUUCCUAUAACCCGACUGAAGGCUUCAGUUUCAUUCACUAAAUCCAACCACAUCAAUGGGAGCGCCGGAUACUGCACUGGAAACUUCCUCAGGACCUACUCAGAGCCACAGGAGGACGAGUAUUGUGGGACAUAAUGAAGUAAAUAUUGUUGCGACAGUAUAAUGAUGGAGUUCAGAGUCCCUCUCCAGCUUAGGGAUGCUGCAACUAGUUUUCAAACCUUGAACUGGACCUAUUUAUUUAAAAAAAAACAGAAGAUGGUUUCUCUCUUUCUGAAGAGUUUAAGGUGGCUGACGGUUUGCUGCCUCCUGCAGGACUUUAACGAGAGGUUCAGCUUAAGUGAUGCAUUUACAAUGAACAAAAACAUUAUUUUUAAAUCCCUGUGCAGCUCUGUUGCAGCAUAUUCCUCUGUGCCAUAGUGCUCCAUUGUCCAAAAAGCUAUUAAAAACACAUCAGUGAGCCACAUUGUUGAAGUGGGUAAUGUGUUACUUCAUCACCGUGAUCAGUGGCACUGUAGCUUAUUCUGCUGCUGUGAAUAUGAACUGUUGAUGUUUAUUGUUCCUCAGCAGAAAAUAGCCCCCUACAAAUGCUCUAUUUACUCCUGUUAGUAACUUAUUGCUUAAAACUGCAGUGUCCAGCCGCUUCAGAGAAGUACUGAGCCCUUUUUUAGGUUAAACUAAAUAUUUGUUGGCAAGUCCCAAGUGUUUUGUAUUUUUAUAUUUUUUUAUUACACAUUCCUACAGACAAAUAGGAUUGGUGCUGAGUGCCACAGUGAGACCGAUCUACCUAUAGGUGGUCUUUUAAUGGGAUUUGUUGAACUAGUUCCUGGCUUAACCUUUGUUGUAAUUGGUGUGUUUUGUAAUUAUAAUUUAAAGGAUAUCUAAUUAAACGUAUACUGUUCAAACCUC